AUGAGUUUCAGAGGUGGUUCAAGAGGUGGCCGUGGUGGCUCCAGAGGUGGUUUCGGUGGUCGUGGUGGUUCCAGAGGUGGCUUCGGUGGCCGUGGUGGCUUCAGCAGAGUUCCAGAAGGUCCUCCAGAUAGUGUUUUAGAGAUGGGUGCUUUCAUACAUCCAUGUGAAGGUGACAUUGUCUGUCGCUCCAUCAACACUAAAGUUCCAUACUUUAACGCUCCAAUAUAUCUAGAAAACAAGACUCAAGUUGGUAAAGUCGACGAAAUUCUUGGUCCAUUGAACGAAGUUUACUUCACCAUUGAAUGUUCAGAAGGUGUUCAAGCUACAAGUUUCAAGGAAGGUGACAAAUUUUAUAUUUCUCCACUAAAAUUGCUACCAAUUGAAAGAUUUAUUCCAAAGCCAAAGGUUGCUGGUCCUCCAAAAUCAAAGUCAAAGAAGAAGAAGGGUUCUGCUCCAGGUGGCCGUGGUGGUGCUAGAGGUGGUUUCGGUAGCUUCGGUGGCCGUGGUGGUUCCAGAGGUGGCUUUGGUGGCCGUGGUGGUUCCAGAGGUGGCUUCGGUGGCCGUGGCGGUUCCAGAGGUGGCUUCGGUGGUCGUGGCGGUUCCAGAGGUGGCUUUGGUGGCCGUGGUGGUUCAAGAGGUGGUUUUGGUGGCCGUGGUGGUUCCAGAGGUGGUCGUUACUAA